UGAAAUUAUAUUGGAAAAUUAUGGUUAAAUAUUUGAGUUUUGGAAUUGUGGAAUUAUACUUUACAUAAUGUUAUGUGGAGAAACACCAUUUCAUAGAAGAUAGAAAGAAAAAAGAUUUAGACAAACUAAUAUAGAGGUAUCUAAUUUCUAUGGUAUUAUAUAUCAUUAAGAUUUAUAGCUUGGUUAUAGAGAAAGAUUUGAGAAGAAGCAAAUAAUUUGGUUAAAAAGACGCUUAUUUAUGAUCCUACUUAAAGAAUUUCAGCUGAAGAAGCUUUAAUGAUCCAU